AUGAAGCUGUUCGUCGCCGUAGAUUUCGGUGAAACGAAUUCGGCAGUUUCCUACGCUGCAAUGCCUAAGACGGUCGACCCCAAACAUUUCCCGUCCGGCGAUGUACAGUCGAUUUCCAGAUAUAAAUCUUUCCCACAUGAUAGAUUCAGCCCGAUGCGCUUCGAGGUACCUACAAAGCUACUAUAUCCUAGGGGUUGGGUUUUUCGACCUCUCGAAGAGCUCUGGGAUGCGCCACCAGGCUCUAUCAACCGCAACACUUCGGGUGUAAAGACCGAAUCACCAGAACCCCAGCUACUUUGGGGCUGGGAAGUCCAGCGCCAAAUGUCCAUGUUUACAUUCCAAUCAAAUCUAGAUGGAACUCUAAUAUAUCGUUUCAAAACUCUCAUGGACCAAUCCGAGAACCACAAGGAACAUAAGCAAGAUCUUUCAGUAGAUCUGGAAUCACUCUCCAUGAAUAGGUCUUGUGAAGAAAAGAUUUCUGUCGCCGAGAUGACUAUGCUUGUCACGGUUCACUACUUGACCAAGCUUCUGGACUUUACCAAUCGCGAGAUACAGAAGAACCUUGGCUUAGAGGCCGACCAAAUCGAUGCUACAGAGUUGGCCAUCUGUGUCCCCGUCAUCUGGGGUCAGAUGGCAAUCCGCAACAUGCAGUUUUGUAUGGGACUGGCCGCAAGGCUAGCUGGCUUCCCAGGCGUGACGGUAAAGAACAAGUCCAUUGACAAUGUUUUUAUUGUGUCGGAGCCAGAGGCUGGAGCUACAUGGCUUCUAUCAGCAGGUUUGGGUAAUAUUCACGUUGGAAACACAUUUGUCCUCGUGGACGCAGGCGGCGGUACUGUGGACGCUCAGACUUACACUGUCACCAAGGAAGCUCCAUUGCGACUCCAAAACCAAGCAAUUCGCCACAGUGGAGAUUCUUGCGGCUCUAACGCCCUCAACGAGCUCUUAUUCGAUUACGUACUCAAAAUUCUCGAUGAACACGAGUAUCUGGACGACCAAAACGGUAUGAACAGAGAAGGCUUUGCGAGGAAGGCAGCCUUCCACGAUUUUGAGACAAUUUACAAAGCGGAAUGGGACAUGUUCAAUCCGGACAAUCCCGACUGCCUUUUCGAGAUUCCUGGUCUAAGAUUUAACCCACAGGACAAAGAGUCUGUAUCUAACCGACUCACUGUCCCAGCUGCUUUCAUCAAUGCCAUAUUCCAUCAUGUUUGUGCAGAGGUCGGCGAAAUCGUCAAAAAUCAACUCAACAUGGCGCACGAGAAUAAGGUUGACGUCGAUGCGGUGAUUCUCAUGGGUGGUUUCGCACAGUCAAGGUCUCUAUGCGACUUUAUCCAAGAGAUGGUGCGUGAAAUCGGCCAAAUGCAUGGCCGCACAUAUCGGAUGCUUGAUCCCAGUCAAGACGAAAGUAUAGGGUCUGUUGUCGAUGCCGUUGCUGCAGGAGCCGUAGUGCGUACCCUCAACAAAGAAAGCGGCCCAAGAAGAGUGGCCAAAACCGCCUAUGGUUUAGGCGUUUUCGAACCUUACGAUAAAGAGGUCCAUGGAAGCCAAGCCACUCUUGACGGUGUAUGCGACCCUCGAGAGAAAUAUGUCAAAUGUAUCCAAUGGGUAUCAAAGAUUGGUACACUGAUGAAGCCCAAUUUCGAGAUACACAUUCGCCGCCGCCAUCAGUUCCCUUGCACAGACGAUAAUGGGGUACUCACAAAAACCUUUGCAAUUUGCGAUGAGAUAUGGCUAUCUGAUUCCGACAGCAAAGACCACUAUAGUUGGGAUCACGAAUACAACAAAGGUGCUGAGUUGAUUUAUACGAUCGAGACAGAUGUCAGUCAUCUCUUUAAACCGGGACCCAACAAUCCUUUCCAACGUCAGUGGGGAUCAUCGUCAAAAGCCUCUAGGAAUAAGAAAAGAAAAACACAAAACAGGUACUGGGAACUUUACUAUGACCUAGUAUACAUGAUCGACGGCCUCAACAUGAAGUGCAUCCAGAAGUAUGAAGGUGAGGUCCUCGGCGAGCUAGGCUUCAACAUUGCAUCAGCUCUGCCACCAGGGGCUGUUUGA